AACAGGACCAGAGGCAUCACGCAGCUGGGCCCUUACCGCCUGGACAGGGACAGCCUCUACGUCAACGCUUACAACGAGCAGCCAGUCCUGCCCGCUCCCACCCACCCACCUACGACCGCUGCAGCCCCCGAGCGUUUCACCAUCAACUUCACCAUCACCAACCUCCCCUACAGUUCCGACCUGGCGACUCCCGACUCGGCCAAGUUCAACACGACGCGAAGAGUCAUGGCCACCUUGCUUCACCGCCUUCUGAAGGACAGCAGCAUUGGCCCCGCUUUCCUGGGAUGUGAAACAACAGCCUUCAGGCCCGUCAGGCAAGGGGACGGCACGGGGGUGGACGCCGUCUGCACCUACGCGAAGGAGCCCUCCGCCCCACCCUUGGACAGGGUGGGCCUCUACCACGAAGUCAGCAACAGGACCAGAGGCAUCACGCAGCUGGGCCCUUACCGCCUGGACAGGGACAGCCUCUACGUCAACGCUUACAACGAGCAGCCAGUCCUGCCCGCUCCCACCCACCCACCUACGACCGCUGCAGCCCCCGAGCGUUUCACCAUCAACUUCACCAUCACCAACCUCCCCUACAGUUCCGACCUGGCGACUCCCGACUCGGCCAAGUUCAACACGACGCGAAGAGUCAUGGCCACCUUGCUUCACCGCCUUCUGAAGGACAGCAGCAUUGGCCCCGCUUUCCUGGGAUGUGAAACAACAGCCUUCAGGCCCGUCAGGCAAGGGGACGGCACGGGGGUGGACGCCGUCUGCACCUACGCGAAGGAGCCCUCCGCCCCACCCUUGGACAGGGUGGGCCUCUACCACGAAGUCAGCAACAGGACCAGAGGCAUCACGCAGCUGGGCCCUUACCGCCUGGACAGGGACAGCCUCUACGUCAACGCUUACAACGAGCAGCCAGUCCUGCCCGCUCCCACCCACCCACCUACGACCGCUGCAGCCCCCGAGCGAUUCACCAUCAACUUCACCAUCACCAACCUCCCUACAGUUCCGACCUGGCGACUCCCGACUCGGCCAAGUUCAACACGACGCGAAGAGUCAUGGCCACCUUGGCCCGUCAGGCAAGGGGACGGCACGGGGGUGGACGCCGUCUGCACCUACGCGAAGGAGCCCUCCGCCCCACCCUUGGACAGGGUGGGCCUCUACCACGAAGUCAGCAACAGGACCAGAGGCAUCACGCAGCUGGGCCCUUACCGCCUGGACAGGGACAGCCUCUACGUCAACGGUGACCUAUGCUCCUCUCUCUGCCUCCUCUGCUAUCCCGCGCCAGCCUCCCCUACCCCUUGCCGUCCCCGCUCCAGAUCAUGA